AACAGCCAAAAAAGGAAAACAAAAUUCAAAAAACAGUAACAAAGCAUGAGAAGAAUUAAAUCCCAAACUUUCUCGUGUAUCUUUUCUUCUUAUUUAAGAUUGAUAGACAUCACUAGAAAGUUCAUUCUAGAAAGAUUUACUCUCAAUGGCAUCAGCAGAAAUUGUGAGGCAAACUCUCAUCAUAGAGAUUUCACGUAAGAGAGUAAAGAGGCUCUAUCUUGGUAACACAAGUGACACUAAUCAUAGUGUUAUUCUUCCUGAUGAUGUGCUUGAUAAGAUUCUUGCAUUCUUGCCUAUCAAAAAGGCUAUGCAGAUUGGAAUCUUAUCUUCAAGAUUCAAUCAUUCUUGGAUCUUCAGUCGUAGAUUACACUUUGAUAAUGAUUUUGCCAGAGGUCGCAGUCCAGAAAAUUUUAAAUCCAUGGUUAAUAAAGUCUUUGACCAGCAUGCAGGUUCAAGUAUUUUAAGUUUUCGAUUAUCUUUUGAUGCAAAUGGUGAGGGGUUCUUGGUUGAAAAGUGGAUAAAAAAAGCUAUUGAAAAGGGUGUUGAAGAGCUCGAAUUGCUUUUUUAUGUAAUUGGAAUUAAUUUUGAAGGGGGAGGGCCUGUUAAACUCAUUUCUGAUGUUUAUGACGUUGAGUCCAUCAAAAUCUUAAAGCUUAGUUUUUGUCAACUUGAUCUUCCACCGAAGUUUAAAGGUCUGCAUUUUUUUAGCACACUUGUUCUUAGAAAGAUCAUUGUAACCCCAACAUUGAUAGAUAAUCUAUUUCUCAAUUGCUUGUUACUUGAGACUUUAGAUAUAGCACAAUGUUAUAGAAUUUUUCAUUUGAAAAUAUCCACCCAGAAUUUAAAGAAGUUUAAGGAGUUAAAGGUUGGAGAUUGCCCGGAGAUUCUGAUGAUUGACAUUGAUGCACCAACUCUACAUGCAAUCCAUUAUUGUGGGCAUGUUUGUUUUAUCAAAUUCACCAAUAUCCCUGAAGUGAAAGAUGUGAUGCUCAAUUUUGGACCUUCAAAAGGCUUUACAGGGACAUUUCAAGUGAGAAAUCUUGUGUACGAUCUCUAUAAUAUUCGUGUUCUCACCACUACCAGUACAUUUCUUGAGGGUUUAACUCCAAAGUUUAUGGGUGGAACAUUGACAGAAAUGCAAUUCUCUUUUUGGAAUUUGAUAGAAUUUCAUUUGAUCAUGGAAGGUGCAAUGUAUUGCAAUCCUUAUGAUAUUGUUUCUUUCCUCAAGAAUUGCCAGUAUGUAGAGAAGAUUUUCAUUGAUCUCAAAGAUUUUAACUUCGUAUGUGGACCGUACUGGGAAUUGCGUAAUCGACAAGCUUUUGAGCAAUCCCAUGUAUCUUUUCACAACCUUAAGUUCAUUAAACUCUAUGGAUUUAAGUUUCAGAAAGACGAACUUCUGUUGGUGAAGUUUCUCCUGGGGAGCGCACCUGGCCUGGAGAAACUAGUGCUUAUCACUCCCAAUAAGUCGAGACGUGUCAAAGUUGUUACCCUAAAUUUACAAGGCUUCUAUCAAGAUAUCCAAUCUUGGAAGGCAUCUUCAAGAGCCGAGAUAGCUGUGUUUGAGCAUUCGAAUGACAGGAGUUCUGUUUCUCCUAUGCAUUCAAAGACAUGGUACUAGGGCAAGAACGGUUGGCCUUGAGAGAUUAUCAAGUUGAAGAUGGCCUUCAGAUUGCAGUCUUGUACCUAAAUAAUGUACCAUUUUCGUGUGUCUUGUCAAAAUAAUGUGCCAUUCGAAUUUACAGUCAAU